CAAAGCUGUUCGAUAUUUUCAACUUGUACCAUUUGUUCUUCUCAUCUUGUUAGCCAUUCUCCCAAACCCAACUCUAUCUGCUGAUCCAUUCGAGUUUCUUCAAGAUCUCAAGGAGUUCACAUUGGUCGGACCGUACCUGGUUUGCAUAAUGUUAAGAAACAUCUUAAAAGAUUUGGAUACUUGAAUGAUGUGAAUUCUAGUGCUGAACAUGCAUACGAUGACGUGUUUCAUGAUGUCUUAGAUUAUGAAAUCAAAAUUAUCAACUCAAUUACGGUAUAGAUGCCACCGGUAGUUUAGACGCCGAAACAGUGAAGCAAAUGAUGAUGCCCCGAUGUGGUAGAGCAGACGUUGUCGACGCUGAACCCGGAAAGAGGAAGAAUAACCAAGAUGAACUUGCAGCUAGCACCCCAGAAAAAUGGUCAAGCUCUCACCUCACUUAUCGAUUUAGCUCUAAUAGUAAAAUCUCAGACAAAGUUGACACCCAAACCCUGAAAUAUGCUGUUUCACAAGCUUUUGCGAAAUGGGAAGCUGUGAGUAACUUCAAGUUCACUGAGGCGACCAAUGAAGAUGUGGGUGCUGACAUGGUUAUUGGGUUCCAAAAAGGUGAUCUUGGUGAUGGAACUAGAUUUGAUGGUCAAAUGGGAGUAGUGGCUCAUGCAUUUCCACCUAAUGAAGGAAGGUUUUACUUGGACGCUGAGGAUAAAUGGAGUACCAGUCCAGGAUCAGACACGAUGGACUUGGAAUCUGUGGCUGCACAUGAAAUUGGACAUUUAUUAGGAUUAGAACAUCUUUUUGAACCAAACGCAAUCAUGUACCCAGUGUUCCAACCUGGAAGCAUGAAGAGGCAAGUGCAAGAAAAUGACGUUAAAGCCUUACGAGCUAUUUACGGUUCCUGAUCAU